AUUGAUGCCGCCUCGUUCUACUCCUCCACUACGCCAUUCUUUGUCGCCGUCGCCGUUCCCCCCAAAUGAUUCCGCGACUUACAGAGACUUGCUACUCUUUGAAGAACGUCUCAAGUCGAAUGCAGCCUCUCUGCAAGCUCGAAAGUCGCGGUACCAGCUAUUCUUGCUGCAGUUACUGCUCUCUACACUUUUCCUGCUCAUUGAGAUUGUCCUUCCUCCUGAAUCAUCUCUUCUGCUAAAUCCGUACAGAGCAAUUCAUGCGUCUCUGUUCAGUUCACGUCCAGACUUCCGGCCCCCAGUAGAAAUUCCGUUCUAUCCCUACCUUCCCACCACUCUACUGCUUAUUUCUCUGACUACGCUCGUUCUAUUCUUUGCUUCGGGAAUGUAUUCGGAGAAGAUUGCCUACGCCAAUAAGUAUGUCCCACAUGCCAAUCGAGCAUUGCGCUCCUUCAACAUGUAUCUCAAUGUACGGAAACCCGGAUGGAGUUUGUUCUUCUGGCGGAAACCGCGUGCCCAUUCCCCACCACCUCGAUCGUCCAGCCGUGGAUCCAGCGUGCCCAUUGCCCCCAUUCCCCCUUCCUCUAACCCUCGUGGCGAGCUCAUCUUUUCCUCGCGCAUAUCUCAGUCAUUCCAGGACUCUUAUGGUCGCCAUCGCGCAACAUUUGAACGCAAAAGAGCGGAACGAGCCAGACAGCAGAAUUCUCAGACUUGGCUGGGAAAGUUUACCGCUUUAAAGUUUUGGGACCGCAGCCCACUGCCUGUGUUGGAGGCCACGCCGACACAUGUGCGGACAGGGGGCACGCGGGGAAGGAUUAGUAGGAGUGGGACACCUCCCAUAGGUCGGCAGGUGGAGCGGGAACGGGAGAGGUCAGGUUCUCCGCCACUCAUGUUGAGGGAGAGGGAGAGGGGUCUGAGGCCGUCAUCGCUUGGUGCCGGGGGUAGUGCAACUAUCCCCCGUUUAACUGCCAUCCUCGAAAACAAUAUUUUCUCCAUUGAUCUUCACAAGGUGUCUGUAGGAGGUUAUCCCCUUGGAGCUGCGAUCCUCCUGGUCAGUAGUCUGUUCGCACAUUUAUCAACUGGGGUGUCUGGCGCGGAACCGGGCUAG